AUGGCAGCUACACAAAAGCUAUACCCCCGCGCGACCGUCAAACGCGUCGUCAAGGCGCACUCCAACCGCAACGUGAGCAAGAAUGCCGAUAUUCUGAUCUUCCUGGAUUACAUGCUGUUUAUGCAAGAACUGAUGCGGGAAUCCUCAAUUCAAUCGCGCAAAGCGGGCGAAAAGAACAUCUCCCCCAACAGUGUUCGAAAGGUGACUGAGAGAACCCUUCGGAAGUUUAAAGGAUAA